AUGGAGUUUAAAAUAUUUGUUCUAUUUGUUUUAGUUCAAAGUUUGUCAGCACAACAAUGUGGAAAAGAUUCAAAAUUGUUGCUAGUUUCAGCGAUGUUUAGACAUGGUGAGAGAACACCGGAGCCUGAGCAAAUGAUGGUUUUCCCAAAAUAUGAGCAGGCAAAUAAUACAUUUCAACCUUAUGGACUAGGUCAACUUACAAAGGAAGGUAAAGAAACAAUGCAUAAAUUAGGUCUUAAACUAAAGGAAAAAUAUAUUGAUAAAUUAUAUGGCAAAGACUGUGUUACAAGAAACCAAGUUAGAAUGGAAUCAACAAAAUAUCAACGAUGUCUGAUCAGCGCUCAGAUUGUUUUAAACGCCUUACUUGGCGAGAGCAGAGAUCCGGCAAAGUUUGAUUGGGGUAGUAUCAAAUAUUUGAAGAAUACAUUAAAUACAGAAAAAGAGGAAUUGUAUAAAAAUUAUUACAACAAACAAUGCCCGAAGUAUUUGGGACUUAUGAAAGCAAAUGCUGAUGCCCAUAAAGCCAACUUAGCUAUUUGUCGAAAACCAAUGGAAAUAAUGGGAGGUGUACUUGGUGUGAAAGAUGCUACAAAUCCUCUGUACGUAUGGUACAUGUACGAAUUAUAUACAGCACAGAAUUGUGCCAAAGUUAAACUUCCGAAUUGGGCUACUACAGACAUGUUCGGCAAAAUGGAACAAUGUAUUCAAGAAUUUUUAAACAUCGCAUUUGGAAAUAAUCAAUUGAAACAAUUAUCAGGAGGAAUUUAUGUGGAUAUGAUGCUGAAAGAAUUCGACAGAUUUAUUGCCGAGAAAAAUACGAAUAAAGAUAAAUUAUUGCGUCUAUUUUCUGGACAUGACACCACAGUUGCACCAGCAUUGGCGGCUUUAGGUGGUUCCCAAGGAUUUACAAAAAAUGGACAGGACUUUACUGUUAAUAUUCCUAAAUAUGGUGCUACUGUUGUAACAGAACUUUAUAAAGGCUCAGAUGGUAAACAUUAUAUAAAGAUAUUAUAUUGGAAUGAUGGAAAAGAAUCAGAAUUAGUAGUAAAAGGCUGUGGAAACACAAGUUGCUGUUCUUUAGAAACCUACAAAAAUCUCGUACAACCCAUAAGAAUUUCAAAAGAAGAAGUCCAAAAGUGUGCAAUGACACAAGGAAACAAUUUUUAA